CAAAAGAAAUUCUGCGCCGAACGUGCCAGGUCGGGGCGUGCGGUUUGCAGGAAAUGCAAGAAUAAACUUGAUGCUGGUGCCCUUCGGCUCGCCAAGUAUGGCUACAACCCUUUUGGGCCAUUCCCCAUGAAGAUGUGGCACCACGUGGAUUGCCUGUUCGAAGUGUUCGCUGGUCAGAAGCAGACCACAGCCAGCAUCAAGACCCCGGAUGACAUCGAGGGCUGGAGUGAUUUGGAAGAAGAAGACCAAGAUGAGAUACUGAGGCACUUGCCGAAAUGUAAAGGCUGGACGCGGAAACCAAAAUCACCAGCUAAAGCUGGGUCGACGAAGCCAGAAAUGACAAAGACAUCCAAAGGGAGACACAAGGGAAAGGAGGAUUCCACUCCUCCAGAAAAAGAAUCUCAUAAAGAUAACUCCUUCAGGCAGUUCAGGAGAUUGUGUGCUACGUUGUCAGAGACAGAGAGUUACAAUGAGAAGACAGCAAUUGUCAGGAAGUUUUUCACCAAGGGCACAAAUGGCUCGAACUUCAGAGGGGACCUUCACUUAUGGUGUCGUCUUUUGCUGCCCGGCAUUGAUAAACGCGUGUAUAAUCUACAGAGCAAACAACUGAUCAAGAUUUUCAGUAAGAUCUUUUCCGUUGACCACGUGGAGAUGCUCAUGGAUUUGGAGCGAGGCGAUGUAGCGGAGACUGUGAGCGUUUUCUUUGAGCAGAGCGUAUGUGUGCAGCCUGCCAAGAAGAGUGUUCUGUCCUUGCAAGAUGUGAGUGUUAUGACGCAAAGACCCAGAAGUGUGGAACCUUUUCACUCCACUUGUCUUGUUUUGAGGCUAACAUCUAUUUAUCCAAUUAGCAGUUGGAAGGCUUUCCUCAGGGAGUAUCUGAGUCUUCUAGUAUUGGUACUUGCGUAUCCUGUGUGGGAUUACUCAUUUUUCUGCUGCUUUCUUAUAAUAAACAAUAUUUACAGAUGCACAGCCAAUGACUUGAAAAUGAUUAUCCGGCUAGUGAAACAUGACCUCCGCAUUAAUGCUGGACCAAAACAUAUUUUGGGUGCUGUGAAUCCAGAUGCUUACCAAGCAUUUCAGACAUCACGUGACUUACAUGCUGUUCUGUCAAAAGUUGUCGAGAUUGGUGAUGAGCAUAGCUCCUCUUCGAAGAAGAGUGCUCUCAAAAUAACAGCCUCCGUCAUGACUCCGAUCCUACCCAUGCUGGCUGAGGCUUGUAAAUCUGUUGAAUACGGAAUGAAGAAAUGCCCAAAUGGAAUGUAUUCAGAAAUUAAAUAUGACGGUGAACGGGUCCAGGUACAUAAGAAGGGGGAUGAAUUCAAAUACUUUUCACGGAGUCUUAAGCCAGUUUUGCCGCAUAAGGUGAACACGUUCAAAGACUACAUUCCUCAAGCAUUCCCGCAUGGGAAAGAUCUUAUACUGGACAGCGAAAUCCUUCUGAUAGAUGUAAAGACUGGAAAACCAUUGCCGUUUGGGAGUUUGGGAAUUCACAAGAAAAAUGCUUUUAAGGAUGCAAAUGUGUGUCUCUUUGUAUUUGACUGCAUGUACUUCAAUGGCGAAGUGCUUCUUGAAAAACCAAUGAAGGAAAGAAGAAGAAUAUUGGAGGAAAACAUGGAAGAAGUUCCAAAUCGCAUUAUGUUUUCUGAAAUGAAAGAAAUUAAUGAUCCAAAAGACUUGGAAGAAAUGAUCACAAAAGUUUUAAAACUUGGACUGGAAGGGUUAGUGCUUAAGGAUUUAAUGAGUAUAUAUGAACCUGGCAAAAGACACUGGCUGAAGGUGAAGAAGGAUUAUUUACAUGGCGGAGCAAUGGCUGACAGUGCAGACCUUGUGGUGCUUGGCGCCUGGUUUGGGACUGGACACAAAGGUGGCAUGAUGUCUGUGUUUUUGAUGGGUUGUUACAAUCCCGCUAACCAGAAAUGGUGCACGGUUACCAAAGUUCAUACUGGACAUGAUGACAAAACACUGGAGAGACUGCAGGAAGAACUUGAUAUGAUUAAAAUCAGCAAGGAAGCUUCUAAAGUGCCCGACUGGCUUUCUUGCACCAAGACUAUGAUUCCUGAUUUUGUAGCAAGAGAUCCCAAGGCAAUGCCAGUUUGGGAAAUCACAGGUGCAGAAUUUACUCAACACGAAGUUCACACGGCUUCUGGCAUCUCUAUCCGAUUUCCACGGGUAACGAAGAUCCGUGAUGACAAAACGUGGGAAACUGCCACUUCACUUCCUGAACUAAAGAAUUUAUUUAAGAAAUCUAAGGAGAACGAGGAUUUCUCCUUCCCCUCCACAUCUCGCGUUCAAAGUGUAGAUCGACGUGAGGAAGACAAAGGCAGUGACAGUUGUGAUUCUCAUGUGGGGUCUUCAGGAGCUGCUUCUGCAAAGAAUUCAAGUAACCGAUCCAAAGAUAAGCCGAGCAAAACUUCAGGACGAAGCUCUAAACAUAAACAACAGAAAUCCAGCGAUGAGAAUAUUGGAUCUGUUGCCCGUGGCGGUAAUGACGUAACUGAGAAUGGGGAUGAUGAAUCACCUGCGAAGAGGAGGAAGACAGUACAGGCUGACUCAAAAGGAAAAUCUCAGUUUACCAUCAAGAAGCCGCUGCCAGACGUGUUUGAAGGCGUCAGGGUGGUCCUGCCGGACUCUGUCACCAAGGAUCGCCGCGAACUGGAACGAUACUUCAUAGCAUAUGGGGGAGAACUCCUGGAUCCAUCUGACAAGCAGGAAUCGACCCACGUUAUCCACGUGGACAGCACAUCCGUUGAGAACGGAGAGGGGAUUCACGUGACCUUGAGCUGGCUGUGGGACUCCAUAAAGCUACUAGCGCUGCAGAAACCCAGUCGAUACGCCGUCCCCCUGCCCUGCAGCGCGGUCGGCUUGACGUCGUUCGGAUAAAAGGUGUUUGUUUGAAUUUGAUCACUCUGUAUAAAAAAAACCCUCCCGCGUGAUUCUUACUUCAGUGCUUGGAGGGUCAAAGUUUACAUUUUCCAAGUUUUAUUUGUACGAAUUAAGUUCUUCUUGUGAUUAACUCUUAGACGUGCUGGUUAAGGAACUGUCUGGAAAGAGUCCGGGCUUCGUUAUACAUGUUUAAUUAAUAAACAAGUUUUGUGCCCUGGAAAUAUUAAUGCCGAACGAAUUCUGUAGACUUUGGAACUAAUGCUUUGCUAUUUAUUCCCUAAUAUUGUCGAGGUGAUCAUUGGCGUUACGUACAGUCCGGUAGG